AUGCAAGUUCCACCGAUCCAAAAGGACUUUCGGUUCCUAGAUUACUAUCGUCACCGGCAGAAACAAGCUGAUGACAUUAAAUCAGCUGCCCAGCGUUUGCUCGGCUGCUUCAAAAUUCGAGGACAUCGAAAGUUCUGGACAAAUAUUGAGCAGGAGAUGCAGGCUACAAAACUUGACAUUGCCGAGACAGCGGCAGCUUGCAAAGUUAUAACUAGGGCUGCAGAUGUUGUGGAUACAGCAAUUACGAACGUUCAAGAGAAAAUG